AUGGCAACGACGAACGAGAUAUCCUUGGAAAAGCCGCCAUUCUCGUCUCUCAAAGGCAAAGUCAUCGUCCUCACAGGCGGCGCAAGCGGCAUCGGAGCAGCGACAGUACGUUCGCUGCACUCCAGCGGCGCUCUCGUCGUCUUCGGCGACGUCAACGCAGAUGCUGGCCAAGACGUGCUGCGCUCCCUAGACGACACGUCAGGCAUCACGUUCAUCCCGACGAACGUCACAUCCUACGCCGCCAAUCUGAAGCUCUUCCAGACGGCACAUGAGCUACACGGCCGCAUAGACCAUUCCCUGGCGAUUGCAGGCGUCUCCGAGACCUCGAACUGGUUCGAUGCCGCACUGACGGCCGACGAGAUUGCCAUCGAGCCGGACACACUCACCCUGGAUGUCAAUCUGAAGGCGGUGUUGUUCUUCACUCGGAUAGCCUUGUUCUACCUGAGAAAGGGUGGGGCUGGUUCAGACCGAUCGAUUACGUUGUACAGCAGUGUGGCUGGUUUUCUUUCCCGGCCCGGAUUGCCUCUGUAUCAAUGCUCGAAACACGGCGUUCUCGGCUUGCUGAGGGCGAUCAAGGAUCAAGCUUACACCAAAGACGGCAUCCGAAUCAACGCCAUGUGUCCCGGGAUGACAGAAACCAACAUGACCGCCUCCGCGCUCCCCGCCCUCCGCGCCGCAAACAUCAACGUGCAAUCCGCCGCGGACGUCGCCGAUUUCGGCCUGACUUUGACAAGUAACCGUGCUCUGAGAGGGAAGGCCUUGCUGUGUUUGAGAGGCCGAGCCUGGGAUAUCGAGGAGGGAAUUGAGCGGACGAUGGAUCUGUGGUUGGGCGAGACGCCGUCUGCGAUUUUGGCGGAGAAUUCGAGGAUUUUGUCGAAGGCAUCGGCUUGGAAAGGGUGA